UGAAAAAUGGAGAAGUCAUGUAUCCACAGAACAAUGCCUGAAUGACCUUGGAGCAGAGGAAGGAAUAAAGCUACAAAGUCUUAAAAAUCCCAAAACCACAAGCAUUGCAUCUGCUAGGGAGGUAACCAAAGUUUUGCGGAUUUAAUAGAACGAAGACAUGACGAGCAGAAGAACCAACUCUAACAGUUCAGCCACAUUUAAUUGGAGACUUGCCUACCCUCCUCCUUCUCCUCCUCCUCCUCCUCCUCCUCCUCGUACCCAUGAUAAUCCAUAUGGCUACUAUUUUUCUUCUCCUCCUCCACCUUCCCUUUCUUCUCCUCCUCCGCCCUCCCUUUCUUCUCCUCUUAACCAUCUUACUCCAUAUGACUACUUUUUUUCAAUUGAUGAUGAUGAUGUUAAUGAUCACUGGCAUUUCGAGGAACCUAUUCAGCCCCUGUCAAAUACCUUCCAAGUCACCCGAGUUACCAGAACAAGGAGGCCAUUUGGGGGAGCGAUAGGAGUAGCACAACCACCGGGUUUUGCAGGCUCACUAGCACCACCAGGUUCCCGAAUUCAUGCUUUGCUCCUCGACAAUCCAAGGACUAGACAGAUCCUCAGCGGCCAAUGGACUCCGGCAGCUCCUAGACAGGAAGCCGACUCCAGGUUGACCUAUAAUGAGCAAAAGAAGGCAUUGCAGAAGCUCAGGAAGCAGAUAUACAAUCCUUUACGGAGAAUAUCGCCAACGGUCAACUUGUAUUAUAGAGGCACUCCUGUUCAAGACAGUGGCAUAGGAAGAAAUGAGGGUAAGAGGUGUACCAUUUGCUUGGAAGAUUUUGAGCCUAAAGAAGAGGUUAUGCUCACCCCAUGUAACCAUAUGUUUCAUGAGGAAUGCAUUGUGCCAUGGGUCAAGAGCAACGGUCGGUGCCCGGUCUGUAGGUAUGGGAUAAGUGACUAAUCACAAAGGAAACCUAGGUUUCCCACUUUCCCUGUUGAUCGAGUGAUGUUAUAUGUAUCAUAUUUAUUGAUUACCAUAUCGGUUGCCCUAAGUAAUAAAGAGAUUAAAACUUCUAUUCA